UGCCACCGUUACCACCGUUACCGCCAUUACCACCCACGGCGGGGCCGCCGACAGCGACGGCUGGGCCGCCGCUGCUGUAUGGAUACCAAUAUCCCCAAUAUCCUCCAGAUCCAGAAGUGGCGGUGGCGCUUCCUCCAACGGCAUUACCACCGUUACCACCAUUACCACCGUUUGCUGAUUGUUUAAUGGUAUCAAAAACAGGAGCCGCGUCAGAUAAAGUGAAGAGACUGAUUGCUAAGAUCAAGAACGGCCAAUCCAUCACAACUGAAUCAAAGUCUGCCAAUGCACAACAAGACAACCAAUCCGUUUCAGUUGGAGGAGACUCCAGCUCCUAUACCGGGAAUUAUGGUCAAGCCGCCGCCGUCGGUGAACAAAUUAUUAUGACAGCGAAUUUGUAUCAAAAUAAUCUGCACACAAAUGAACUACAAGAUCAUUUAAAGUUUUGA